CGAACAGAAGAUCGCCCCUCAAAAUCUGAACUUAUACAAGGGCUCUCCCUAAAGUUUUUCUUAUCUGACCUUGAUUCUACGCGCACAGUCUACUCACAGCAUAUACCCAAACACGACAUCGACAAUGCAGACAUACCUGAACAAGCAGCUGCGACGGCUGUCAAAGCAGCCCGAAGCUCACGUGGAGCAGAAAUCCCCAGAGCCGUCCAAAACUCAGGAGCCUGUACUCGCAGGACCUAGCGAGCCUGCACAAGCACUGCCCGCACCAAAAGCCACCACCCCAGUCGAAGAACCAAUCUCAGAGCCCAUGACGAACGAGGAAGAUGAGAUGUUCCUCGAGCGCCUCACUGCUAUUGCCUCGGAGCCUGAGGGCACGCCGCCCCCUCUGCCCACCCGGCCCAUGGAGGCCGUCGACAACAAGGGCGAGAAGAAGCUUGGCAGGGACGCACAGGAGGCCCUGAUGGACGGUGCGAACAAGAUUCCGUUGCCGACGAGCCCAUCCGAGGCUAACGCUGAGAACCUAGACAAGGGUAAAGGCAAGAAGACCGUCAUGUCCUACUUCUCCAUGGACAGGUUUAAGAAAACCGACAAGGAGAAGGACACAGCGCCCAAGGCCAAGAAGGGCGCGGUCACGGAGAAGGAUAAAGCGCAAUUUGCCGAUGAUCUGCGUGAGGCAGUCGAAGUCUCCAGGGCUGCUGAUCUUACCGAGACGCAGAGGGAGAACAAGGAGCUCACCCUGGUACUGGAUCAACUCAACCUCUCCGCAGUCAACAACCGCGUCUUCUCCUUCAGCAAGGAAUCUGAGGAGCUCCUCAACAAGUUUGUCCUCGUCCUCAAGGACAUCAUCAAUGGCGCUCCUACAGCCUACAACGACCUCGAGAAGCUGUUCACCGACUAUGACGCCCAGCUCAAGAAGAUGUACGGCAAUCUGCCUCCGUUCCUGCAAAACAUGGUCAAGAGCCUGCCCGCCAAGCUCACAGCAACACUCGGCCCCGAAAUACUUGCUGCACAGGCAGCGAAGCCAGGUUUCGACGCAAAGCAGCAGUACGCUGAGGGCAGUAAGACCAAGAGCAAGAAGUCAAGAAUCCCCGGGUUACCUACGAUUCCGAGUCUGAAGCAGCUCAUAUCUGCGCAAGGCGCUGUAGCGACAGCACUGAAGAGUAUUCUCAAUUUCCUCAAACUACGCUUCCCCACUUUGGCAAUGGGAACGAAUCUCAUCAUGAGCUUGGCUGUGUUUUUACUCCUCUUCGUCUUCUGGUACUGCCACAAGCGUGGUCGCGAGGUCCGUCUCGAGAAAGAGCGUGUUUCAGCCGAAGGCGCAGACUCUGCAGCUGGCAGCAGCAUGGCCUCCAUCGACGACGACAACGAUUCCAUCUUCGGUGAUAAGAAGCCCGCCACAAGAGCUGUAGAGCAAGAUGCAGAACGACCGACGUCUCCCCUCAUCAUCAACGAUGGGAGAGAGGAGAGGGAGAAGCCCGCUACAGUGAACGACCUGCCUAGUGUCUCGCAUUUGCCUGACCCAAACGCAGAGAAGGUCCCGGUAAGCAAGUGAGAGGAGGAGAUUGAUGAGAUUACCACGGUUCAGAUUGAGAUUUCGUUAGCGUAUACCCUGUAAUUCUUUCCCUAUGUUUGGAUUCUCCUUUUGACGAGUCACGACGAUAAGACAUGCAACUGAAAAUAUUGUACAUUAACAUGACUCUAUUACGUUUAUCGUCUACUUUGCAUUUGUAUAUCACACCAGCACCAUCUAUGCCCCAGGCUUCCGCGCAUGAAACGUAACAACCUC